CUAUAAAUGAUCGGAAUGCUUAAUAGAACUCUCCACUGGGGUCUAUGGUUUUAAGCUGAGUACCUCAAGAAAACUGCAAGCACAAUGAGGUAUCUCGUUUUGUUCCUUAUCCUGUUUAUGAUUGUCUGUGUAUUGAUCAGUACUGAAGUGGACGCAAAGAAGAAAAAGAAAAAGAAAGACAAAGAAAAUGAGGAUGAAGUCAAAGAAGUCAAAGAGAUCGAAUGCAUUCAGUGUGAAACAGACUUUGAAAAAAGUGACUGUAGAAAUGGAACCGAAUCCGAUACAUGCAUAGGAAAGUAUUGUCUUUAUUACACCACCGAUGAAAGAUUUGGCGAUGCUUCAGGAGGUUCAUUCAAAAAAUAUUGGUGGAAGAGAGGCUGCACCAAGAAAAAGAAGACUUGCAAGAAUGAAGAAUUCAGUAAUUGUGUGGUAUGUAAUGAAACACGCUGUAAUACUGAACCUCUUCCUACUAUGUAUCCAGUUAUUGAAAUGGAAGCGAAAUAGAAGAAAACACUUGAUUUGAUUUCAAUACAAGAAAACUAUCGUUUUUUAGGAAUAGAAGCGUGUAGAAUGUCAUAAUAAAAUAUUGUGAAUUUUA